AUGGAACCAAGCGCAAAAGAAAUUCUUGAGGUAUUGUACCAGGAGCUUGACCAGUCCCUUCGAAGAAUAUGGGAAAAAGACAAGCAAUUGACCACAGAUUUAAAGUACAUCCAUCUUGACUUUAAUGGGGCACGAUCCACGUGUAACGAGAUCGAGACCAUGCAUGGGCAGCAGUUGGAGACCUCGGAAGGACGUAUUACCACGUUCAAGGAAGCCAAAAAGCAAAUGCAGAAGGCCAGAGACGAACUGAAAGACCUCUUCGAGCUGCUCCUUGUAGACGGUUGGGCAAAGGACCCAGAGGUGGGCGAAGAAGGGGAAGCGGGACUAGUGCAUCAGUUACCGGAGGGAUAA